AUGAAUCAUCUGCGUGUGGUUCUGACCAGGCAGCCACGGCUCUGCACCGUACCAUUUGGCCGGCGUCGUAUCCUGCAACGUGCAUCAGCUUCCAGCUUCCAGAAUGUCCUCGUACUUCUGCAACAACCGUCCGUAUCCACCCGACUGCUAUCGCAGUCGGUUAGGUUGUGUCAAACGGUGCCAAAUGCCGUCAAACAGCAAAGUAAUACGCAACAUGACCGCUCCGCCCGGAAACCUGCCACCGACAGCAACCAGCUCGUGGAGGAACUCCGUUCCGAUGCCGUCGUUUAUCGCCGGAUUCAGCGAGAAAAGUUAAACCAGUUGCUUAGUAAACCGUACGAAAUACCCGCAGAUGCGUACGAGUUCCUCCUGCAAUGCUGCGGAUCAUUGCUGUGCGCCGAAACGUUCGAAACACGCAUGAAGCUGUUCGAACAAUUCUGGUUUUAUCUAGGUGAGCCGAACCAAAGCCACUGGAAGGUACUGCUGCAAGUGUACCGUGAAAACGAGCGCUCCAUCACGGAUGUCCCCGCGUUCCUCGAAAGCAUGGGACCUGGAAUCGAACGGGAUGCCGAGCUGUAUUUGGGUCUGCUGGGUGUGCUGGCCGAGAAGGGUGACAUCGCGGAGAUGAAACUCGUGGCCGAGAUGAUGCAGCAGACCAACAUACCGCUCACGGUCGAGCAGAUCAACCUGAUGAUCCGGGGCUAUGGCCGAGCCGGUGAUCUGGACGGUGUACAGCUUGUUCUGGAAACGAUGAGUGCCAGCAACGUGUCAGCGAACGGGCAAACCUACGGCGAACUGAUGAUAGCCUUCCUAGAGGAUGGAAUGGCCGAUCGCGUCCUGAAGAUGGUACGCGAAAAAGGCUCGCAACUAAACGAAAAGCACAUCCUCGAGCUACUGUCGCUGGCACUUGGAGGAAAAACGCAACCCGAGCUAAUACGCGCCCUGUUCAUGCUGCUUCCCGAGGAGAUGACGAACGAUGGCAAGGUUCACGCCAUCCUGCGGAACGUCCUAAGUGGACUGGUACGAUCCGGCCAGUACGACGGCGUGAUGGCGUUGCUCGAAGAACUUCCAGCACCUCAGUUUCGCGCCAACGAAAGUACCGAUUCCUACGGUACGUUCAUCAUGGUGGAAAUGCUGCGCAACGAUGCCCCAUUCGAUCGACUGCAGAAGUACCUUUCCUGGCUUAUCCGCACGGAACGCAACCUGCGGUCCCUGCACGUUGCGUGUGAGUGUGCCGCCAAAGCGCACCAUCCGUACUACUCGCGUCUUCUAGCCGCACUGGCUCCCCUCGAAGCUUUGCGGCCACACUACUUCUGGCCACUGUUCAUACAACGCGCCGAAUCCGACGGUGAAGCUGGAGUCCUUGGUGUGCUGAAAACGAUGCAGAAGCUAAAGGUGGAACCGGAUCAGGAAACGAUCACACAAUACAUCCUACCGAAGCUGGCCCUCACGCUUAAGGAUGCCGGAACCGCGCUCAAGAUCCUCGAGGACCGAGGCGUCCGGAUGGCCGUGCUCAUGACACCCUUCAUUGCUCACCUGCUUCAACAGAACCGCUUCGACGAUGUGCUGGCCAUCAUCCGGCGUUACCCAACGAAACUGGACACGGAGCUGCUGAUGUGGCCGUUAAUGUUGCUGGCAAACGUGAACCGAACGGCGGCACACCAGCGAACGCUGUGUGAAGUACUUUGCGCGAUCCGGGACCGAGCGGCCGACCCACGGCAUGAUCUUGCCGGACAACUGCUGCUGGAGCUGAUCAGCAACAAGAAAUCGAAACACGACGAAAGCAGCCUGCAAGCGCUCCUGUCCGAGUACGACCGGUUCGAGAUUCGCAUUUCACGGAUAGCGGCCGGUGUUCUGAAGAACCACUUUGCGCGGACUGCGAAACGGGACGCCAGCGAGGCGACCGAUGGUUUGCUGCGUAAGCUGACGGACGAUCAGUUGACCAUCCUGUCGAAGGAGCUGUUCGACACGAUUAGCGUGCACCCGCGGGAUAUGAACUACGACGAGCUGGAGUGCCAUUUGGUGGAGUUGGAACAGAAGCGGCUUAACGCGCGGGGAGUUUUGCGGAGGCUGUUGCUGCUUUGUGUGCGCGAGGGUCGGCACGAACGGGCACUCGAGGUGAAGAAGAAAUGUGACCAGGCGAAGGUGGACCAAAGCUCGGGCAUGCUGGCGGCACUGGUCGAGCUGUACACCAAGGUGGGUGAUCCUGAGAAAGCUGGCAAAACGCUCGAACAGCUUCGUCGGCAGUAUCCUGGGUUUAUCGUGGACGAGCACAAGGUAAUCGAUUACGCCGCUUUGCUGGUGGAACGUGGCCAGCUCGAUGGGGCUCGGAAGAUAUUGCGGGAGCGUGCCACUACCGGUGGUAUGGUGCGUUCCGAUGGCCAGUCAAGCAAGAACAUCUGGAAUCUGUUGACCAAAUCCGCCCAGUGGGCGGCAAAAUCUAGCCGAGAAGCAACCUCCCCGAACACCACUCAGCAGCUGCUGGAUUUCCUCGUCGAACUCGGUUACUGCACGUACGAGAACACCCUGUUGGGUCCGGUGCUUCGGGAGUAUUUGCUGGCCGGACAUAAGCGCGCCGCCAUCGAGGAGUUCAAACGGAUCGCGUUGGAAAAGCGCCGAACGCCGCUGCAGCUCGAAAUCAUAACACUGCUGGUGGGGCUGACGAACGGUAGGGACGAUGAUGUUCCGGCUCCGGAAGCGAAAACCCUGCUCAACGAAACGAUGCAGCUCGUGUCACAAAUCCACGGCUCGGUUAACACCAACAACACGCUGAUAGUGGCCCUGGCGGAAGCCGGAACCGAGGCGCAACUGCGCCGGAUGUUGAUCAAUCCGGAGGUGCGCAUCAACCAUGAGUACAUCCUGACGCAGUGUGAUUUUCUCGUCAGCGGCGGGAAGCUGGAUGCCGUGUUGCGGCUUGCCAAAUGCAGCAAAGGGUUGGCGAACGUGCGCGACACCGACUAUCUGCAACUCGUCCUGGGACACUACGUGCGGGAAAACAACUGCGAGGCGGCUGUGCGGCUUUUCGAGCGGCUGCUAGGCGAAGGGGACGAACUGAAGAUUACGACGGAUUUCGCGCGGAAGCUGUCGGAUCUGCUGGAGGCGAACAACUUCGAGAUACCGGCUGGUUUGCGGAUUUAUCUGAAAUGAUACGGCGGAGAGCUGCGUGCCACAGGAAGUGCUGCGGUUACGUUGUAAAUAGGGAAGCACAUUGUAAUAGGACGAUUUUUUUUUCUUCUUCUCAAUGCCGUGCCCGAGCACCAUUAGGAGAGUAGAUGCUUGCAAUAAAGUUCGUAACCGGGAUGGAGAAUUGA